AUGACCACUACGCAUCUACUUUCAGAGAAAAUGCUUCCAGGGAAAACUCCACAAGCCACCGAAAUGAACCCGAAAAACCCUCCCACAUACGCCGAGUCCGUCGCCUCCGAGCCUUCCCCGGUCCAGCCCAUCGUCAGCCGCCAGGCCUCCUCCACAUCUCAGCACAAUAUUGCUGCUGCCGACCAGCAGCCCUCGCAGCUUGGCAAGAAGAGGUCUAGUCGCUUCAGCCAGCAUCUCAGCUCCGUCAGCUCCAAGGUCGGCUGGCCGCUCAACAAGGCCGCCAACGUGGUCGGCGCCGAGGGCUGGUGGCCGACGAGCGUGGAAAAGGAAUGCGACAAGGCCGCCCGCAUCCUACACUCCUUUACCUCGCUUGGGACACCUAACCUGCCCUCCACAGACGCCCCCGUUCAUCCCCUCGGCAUCACGCGCAAGUCCAUGGUCACGAUCCCCCCCGCCGUGCUCGCCCGCUGCGCCGGCCUCGCCGUCUUCAACGUGCUCCGCGCCGGCACCUUUCACGGCUCCCUCGCCGGCGGCUCCGGCCUCGUGGUCGCGCGUCUGCCCUCGGGCUGCUGGUCCGCGCCGUCGUCCUUUGUCGUGUCGACCGUCGGCGUCGGGCUCGCCGUCGGGCUCGACAUGUACGACUGCGUGUGCGUGCUCAACACGCCCGCGCAGGUCGCCGCGUUCACCAAGCCGCGCGUGUCGCUCGGCGGCGCGGCCUCUGUCGCCGUCGGGCCGGUAGGCACGGGCGGGAGCCUGGACGCGGCGCUGUCGAGGACGGCAAGGCCCAUGUGGAGCUACAUGAAGAGCCGCGGCCUGUGGGCGGGCGUGCAGGUGGACGGGACGGUCAUGGUGACGCGCGGGGAUGCGAAUGCGGUGUUUUAUGGCGAGAGGGCCGCGGCAGGAAGGAUAUUGCAGGGCGAGGUGCCGUGGCCGGAGGGCAAGGGCGCGGCGCUGCAGGAGGUGCUGAGGGCGGUGGAUGGACGGCAGGAUGGGAAUCUUGGGAUGACGCGGGAGGUGGUGAGUGAGAAGUUGCAGGAUGAGGAUGUGCAUGCGGAUGAAAAGGCGGCUGUGGAGGUGGCUUCGCAGGAAGCACAGUAUGAGACGGCAGAGGAGGAGAAGGCGAGACUGGCACGGGAAGAGCAUUAA